AAGUUUAAAUUUUUAUUUUAUUUUCUAAAAUUUCUCCUUACAUAAGUUACAUUAUUUUUGGAAUGUUAAUUUUUGAUAAAGAAGAAUGACAUACAACUUUAAUAUUUAGAUUACGUAAUUAGGACGGAUAACAAAGAGACAUGUAAGCGCUAAAUUAUUUACUUUGGAUUAUGUACCUUACAUGUAAAUUAAGGCUUUUGUUAAACAACCUUUUCCUAUUACUCAUGUGUAAAAUUGUUAUAACACCUGUCACCCGUGACUGGAUUAUUGACCAACCAGUGAAAUUAGGUUGUGGUCAAGGCAGCUUUACAAGGUAAUUUUUGAUUGGUGAAAACAGGAGAAAGUUAAGAAAUCAGUGAUCAUGUGACCACGCCCGCAUGGAAACAAUUUAUGUUUUCAACGGUCACUUUGAUUACUGAUUUCAAAUAAUAAACAUCUAUAUUUACUAGAACUUUCUCUUGUUUUACACCAGGUAAGUUGAAUUAUAUUUUUUGUAUUUUUGUUUUAUUUAAAUUAAAGAGUUUAGAUUACUUUAUAUUUUGGAAAAGCCAAAGUUAAGUUAAAAUUUAUUUAAUGAUAUUCACUUAAAUUAAUUGUAUAUAUUUUGUAUAGAUUUUAUUUGUUUCCAUUGAGAUUAAUUAUUUAAUGUUGGAUACGCUUGGGACGCGAUACUUUUUAUUUAUGUAAACAAUUGAGAUACGUUUCAAGAAUUUAUUUAAUUCAAAUCUAUUUUAUGUUUAGAAACAUUUAGUUAACUUUAUAAUAGUUAUUUGAAAAAGUUUAUUUAAAGUCCGGAAAUAUUUCAUAUUGUAUCCGUAGUAACUUUUAAGUAUUACAAUGUCCAGGGGAGAUAAUUUGUAAUUUUUAUUUGCCGGGAGAAAUGUCUUUUGUUGAGAAAGCAUGAUUAAGAGUUAAAUCGAAAGCUAAAUAACAUAGACAUGAAACCUUAUUUCCUUCUUUAUUAUUCUGUGCUAAAAGUCAUCAGACACAGCACGAGAAGUCGGUACAACAUUUGGUGGAGAGACCGAAAGAUCCAAAGCUAGUCCCAAAACAAGUAAGAAGAUAACAUCAGCAACAUACAAAUGCCAGCACCACUUAAUAGCUACCUACUCCGAAGUCAAGACACAAUAAGACCAGAAGCAAGGGUGCAUCAACAAGUAACAGAGACAACAACUUCAACAUCAACAGCUUCAACGUCAACAGCUUCAACUUCAACAUCAACAGGUCCUGUCCUAUUAACAGAAACAAUAUCAACUGUGACCACACCCACAUCAACAGAAUCAACUGCAUCAACAGCAUCAGCAACAUCAACUGCACCAACAGCAUCAACACCUGCAGUAGUCCAAGUGAUAAGAGAAGUGAGUGUGAACAUGCCGUCAGGAAUAAACCUAAACAAUUAUGAUGGGAAAUCAUCUGCAUCACAAUGGUGGGGAUAUUUUAUACGUUGGACCCUCAUUCAAAAAAUGUGCGAACAACAACAGUGUAAUUCCUUCCCAUUCUUUAUGGCAGAUGGUAUUCCAAAACAAUGGUUUGCAACACUUUCAGAUACUGUGCAUAAUUCAUUACAGCUAUUGAAGGAUGAAUUUUUCAAACGCUUUGAAAAAUCACAAGGGCUGUUUGAUGUUAACAUUCUCCAAUUAAAACAAGGCCAAAAAGAAAGAGUGGAUGAGUUUAUGGCGCGAUUACAAGAAAAAACCAUAGGACAGGACAUUCCUGACAACAUCAAGAUAGGCAUUGCAAUUCAAGGUUUCAGAGGGGAGAUAGGGAAAACAGUCCACAACACUUUUCCAAAACCAGUUACCUUGGAACAAUUAAGGGCCAUUGCAGAAAAUGCAGAGAAAUCGGAACAACUUGUACCAGCUAUGGUUGCUCCAUUAGAUCCCGUUAUUGCCAGACCAGAAUUGUCAAACCUUCCUGCUAUUGCAAAGUUGCAACAAAAUUGUCAUGAUUUUGGAAAUAUGUACAAAUUUCUUACUCAGGGUAUUCUUCCUGCAGACAAUGAUCAGAGUUCAAAAGUUCAGAAAUCUGCUCAAGAUUACUCCAUCUGUAAUAAUGUUCUGUAUAAAUGGUUUCAGAAGAGAGUCAGAGUUGACAAUGGCGAAAAGUGGAUCAAACAAUUAUGUCUCCCUCAAGCUCUUAGAGAGGAUGCUCUUUUAAGUUAUCAUGAUAGUUUAGUAGGUGGUGCACAUCUUGGGAUCGAACGUGUUUAUCAUGCUUUGAGUCUUAAGUACUUUUGGCCUAAAAUGCACCAAAGUAUUGAAAACUAUAUUCGAUCAUGUGAUCGCUGUCAGAGAAUUAAAAGAGAUACAAAGGGUAAGAAACCACCUCUUAAUCCUCUGCCAGUUGACACAACCUUUGAAAGAUGGCAUAUGGAUUUUCUGAAACUCAGUAAAACUAAUGAAGGUUAUUCUUAUGUGUUGCUUUUAGUAGAUUCUUUUUCUAAAUGGAGUGAGGCCUUUCCUAUGAAAACUCAAGAAGCUUCUGAGGUUGCAAAGGUUUUAUUUCGUGAGAUUAUUAGUCGUUAUGGUGCAAUGAAGUGUCUAGUCACAGAUCUUGGUAGAAAUUUUGUAUCGAAUUUGGUGAAUGCUUUGUGUGAAAUGUUAAAUAUUACAAGGCAUCAUACAAGUUCCUACCAUCCUCAGACAAAUGGAUUAGUGGAAAGGACCAAUAGCACAUUAAUACAGGCAGUCAGAGCUUAUAGUGAUAAGGACCAGAACAAUUGGCCAAAUAAACUCCCUGGUAUUUUAAUGGCUUUUAGAAAUUCCCCAUCAACUCAAUCAACAGAGUAUUCUCCCUUCUCAAUGGUGUUCGGCAAGGAGAUGAACUUACCUUUUGACGCAUCUGUUUUGCCAAAAGACAAUCUGUCAAAAGAUGCAAAACACCAUUUAGAAGAAAUAAUUUCAAAUCUCAAAAUUACCCAAGAUUUGGCUGCUGAAAAUAUUAAGCUUAAACAAGCAAAAAUGAAAGAACGAUACGACAAAAAUACCAAAAUUCCUGAAUUUAGGCUUAGAGAUAAAGUUUUACUUAAAGAGCAUGUAAGCCCUGUCGGUCGUUCACCAAAAUUAGUUGAUAAAUUUAAUGGUCCUUAUUACAUAACUGACUGUGGGCCGAAUUUCACAUAUAAAUUAAGACGCUGCAGUGACCAGAAGGAAGUUAAAGCUAUGGUCAAUGCGAGCAAUCUUAGGCAAUAUGUAGAUCCCACUGAUUUCCGCGACCCGCCACAAGCUCCAGAACGUCCAGUUCCAGAUGAUCCACCCGAUGUGCAAAAUAACCAACCUGCAGAUAAUGAUCAAGAUGAUCAAAUUGCAGACGAUGAGAGUACAGAUUCAGAGACUAACAGUGAUAAUGGAGAUGAACCAAACAAUGCUAAUGAUGAUACAUUUCAUGAGGUUGAGACACUACUAAAUACAAGGAAAACAAGAGGAAUACAGUAUUUUCUUGUAAAAUGGAAAGAUGGUUCCAAACCGACAUGGGAACCAAAACAGAAUAUUGGAGAGGGUUUGAUACAAGAAUAUUAUACAAGGAAAACUAAGAAAGGAAGGAGGAGAAAACAGAGGAAAUAUUUUACCAGGCCAUAGGUGAAAACAAAUUACUGUACAAAUUUCACUGGAAUAACACAGAUAAAGCUUUGAUGGCGAAUAACUCACUUACAUUCAAAUAAUCUGGAUUGAACUCAAGUUUCGAAUCUGCGCAGUAGAACAUUUUUAUUUAUUUGACCCUUUGAUUAACAUUUUUUUUUUUUUAAUUUCAGAAAUUUGAUAGGCAAAUUUUGAUGUGAAGUCAAACCUAACAGAAUGCAUAUGUGUUUUGUUGUCAGUAGUGCUAGAGUACGGCCGUGCUCAUUCGACUAAUCAUCACUUUUUUUUAUAUUAGCAAUUUAGUGUCCUGAGAAACUAGAAUCCAUUCCAAUAUUAUAGUUAUGUAUGAUGAAGUUAAGUGUUCAGUGAAAUGUUACCGAGAGCCAAAGUGGAGGAGUUUAGAGUGUAUUAAUGUUUAGUUUAUUUCUUUUUGUAGGAUUUAGAACACAGUUAUAUUAAAUAUAUUUUUAGAUUUUAUUAUGUCAUAGAGAUUGCAGAUCAUGAGAUUGCAGAUCAUGCGCUUACGAGGAGUGAGCAUAUAAGAAAUCAUUCAUUUUCAUGGUUUAUAUUUGAAUUUUAUAUUGUUAUAUUGUCUUUUAAUAUGAAAAUUUAUUGGUACUUUGACUUUUCUGUUGCACUAGCACCUGGUUUACUUGAUUUUUCAUUAUUGGAAAACUGCAUCAGUACUAUAUAAACACACAUAUUUUAGUGUGCGUGUUAAUCUUCCUCCACAUAUGCAAAAUGAUAAUAUUAAGUAAAUGCAUAUUUGCAAACAUACAAUACCUCAGUGCCUCUCCGUUUCAAGUGUAUUAACAUACACCCUUUGAAAUUUUGGAAGUGUCUUAUUGAAUAUCUGCAAUUAUGACCAUACAUAUAUGUAUUUUUAAUUUUUAACUAAGUAUUUUAUGGGCAUUAGAUCACAAAACUACAUUCACAUGAUUGUGAUAUAUAAACAUUAACUCUAUAUGAACUUUUAAAUUAUGUUUAUCAUACUUUUAUUCUUUUUACAUGUAUAUAUAUACGAUUAUUAUUCUUAUUUUAUCAGUUCAGAUGAUGUUUCAAAUUCAAGCUUUGGGACAAAGCUUAGUGAGGUUGAGGAAGAGUUGUUAUAGAAAAAUUAUGAAUUGCCAAAGACAAAAUUUUAAUAUAACAGACCAAAACUUAAGUGAAAAUUAUUCAAUUUUUACAAUUUGAGUUAAAGUAUUUUGAAGUUUAAAUUUUUAUUUUAUUUUCUAAAAUUUCUCCUUACAUAAGUUACAUUAUUUUUGGAAUGUUAAUUUUUGAUAAAGAAGAAUGACAUACAACUUUAAUAUUUAGAUUACGUAAUUAGGACGGAUAACAAAGAGACAUGUAAGCGCUAAAUUAUUUACUUUGGAUUAUGUACCUUACAUGUAAAUUAAGGCUUUUGUUAAACAACCUUUUCCUAUUACUCAUGUGUAAAAUUGUUAUAACACCUGUCACCCGUGACUGGAUUAUUGACCAACCAGUGAAAUUAGGUUGUGGUCAAGGCAGCUUUACAAGGUAAUUUUUGAUUGGUGAAAACAGGAGAAAGUUAAGAAAUCAGUGAUCAUGUGACCACGCCCGCAUGGAAACAAUUUAUGUUUUCAACGGUCACUUUGAUUACUGAUUUCAAAUAAUAAACAUCUAUAUUUACUAGAACUUUCUCUUGUUUUACACCAGGUAAGUUGAAUUAUAUUUUUUGUAUUUUUGUUUUAUUUAAAUUAAAGAGUUUAGAUUACUUUAUAUUUUGGAAAAGCCAAAGUUAAGUUAAAAUUUAUUUAAUGAUAUUCACUUAAAUUAAUUGUAUAUAUUUUGUAUAGAUUUUAUUUGUUUCCAUUGAGAUUAAUUAUUUAAUGUUGGAUACGCUUGGGACGCGAUACUUUUUAUUUAUGUAAACAAUUGAGAUACGUUUCAAGAAUUUAUUUAAUUCAAAUCUAUUUUAUGUUUAGAAACAUUUAGUUAACUUUAUAAUAGUUAUUUGAAAAAGUUUAUUUAAAGUCCGGAAAUAUUUCAUAUUGUAUCCGUAGUAACUUUUAAGUAUUACAAUGUCCAGGGGAGAUAAUUUGUAAUUUUUAUUUGCCGGGAGAAAUGUCUUUUGUUGAGAAAGCAUGAUUAAGAGUUAAAUCGAAAGCUAAAUAACAUAGACAUGAAACCUUAUUUCCUUCUUUAUUAUUCUGUGCUAAAAGUCAUCAGACACAGCACGAGAAGUCGGUACAACAUAUG